AUGUGCAUGUUGGGAACAUAUAUGCAAGGUGGUAUGGCGGGUGCCCUAAAGAUGGAAGGGCAAGGAGUUGCCCCGUCCUACCCACAGUCUGGUUAUCCUGGAGUUCCUAUGCAAGCUCCAAUGUCUGCUCCAAUGGGAGGUUAUGCUGCCAGAGAUCUUCUCUUUCGCUCUGACCCGUCCUACUCCAUGUUUUCCUCUAGUUUACAUGCUGCAGCUACUGGACAUGAUCCGUUUAGUUUACACGAUAUGGGAGCUUCAACUUAUAAUUACAGUAAUAUGGGAUAUGGUUACAUGUCUCCAUACUACAGAUAUAUGCGCCAGCCGGUCAAACAGGAGAUGAACUGCGAGAAACCGUUUGAGUGUGAGAUUGAAGGUUGUGACAGAAGAUUUGCCAACUCCAGUGAUAGAAAGAAACAUAUGCAUGUUCAUUCUACGGAUAAACCCUACUAUUGUAAUAUCCGGGGAUGUGAUAAAACCUACACCCAUCCGUCCUCUCUCCGUAAGCAUCUAAAGAUACAUGGUAAAGAUGCUCUGGUUGGAUAUGAUAGCGAUGAUUCUGGAGCUACUUCUCCUUCUCUUCAUUCAACCUCACUCUCAUCUCCUCAUAUGAACCCUCCCUCUAUUCCAUCUCCUCAUAUAAACCCAGUUUCCCAACCCUCUCCCCACAUGAACCAACCUUCUCAACCUUCUCAACCUUCUCCUCACUCCGUCCCGUCCCUCUCAGAGUAUAAAACCUCCAGCCAACAAUCUGAAUACAAACCCCACCCUCUCGAAUAUAAAUCCCAAAUCAACGAAUACAAAUCACAAAUAAGCGACUAUAAACCCCAUAUCAGCGACUACAAACCCCAUGUAAGCGACUACAAACCUCAUAUCAGCGACUAUAAACCUCAUCACAAUGACUAUAAGCUCCCCGACUAUAGGGUUCCUUUGACCGACUAUAAACUUUCUGACUACAAAAUCCCUGUCUCCGACUAUAAACCUGUAUUAGGAGAGUGGUAUGCUUCUCCUGGUUUACCAACUCCUCCGUCCUCAGGUCUUUCUCCGCGAUUCUCUCAAACCCAACCUUUGCUCCCAAACCUUCAUUAUUAAUUCUGAACCUGUAGUUCUCAUUCAACCCAGGAGUUCUUAUCCAAACCUUGAAUACUCAACCAACUCUCGAGUAUUUUUCUUUACCUGAAGUACUCAUCCAAACCUGGAGGACUAAACCAAAUCUGUAAAAUUCGUCCAAGCUAUUCAAAUUUGGAGAAUUAUUUAAAACACAAAUAAUUUACGCUUGAAUCUGAAAUUAGUAUCCUAUAAGAGACGGAAGUAUAAAUAAAUCUGCCUUGAAGUCGAACGCUAAGUGUGUCCAGUGGUCUUCUAUAAUACAUAUUAUAAAACUGUGAUAGAUCUAAAUAUUAUGUAAUUAUUUUCUGCAAUGAUUAUCCAAGCAAUCUUGAAAUGAUCUCAAAUAAAUCUCGAUUCUUA